AGUAUCGGGGGAAAAGGAAAAUAAGGUUAAGUAAAAAAAGGUAUUUUAUGACUGAACUGGGCGCGCUUCCGGCCAGCACAGUUAAAAAGAUCGCAUUGAUCUGAUUAAUCUCAAUAGAGGAGUUCACACUCAUAGUUACAUCAUGGGUAUCAAGUUAAAUCGGCAAGAUGGCAGGAAAUUAGAAGAUUUGUAUUAGAAUUCAAACCCCGCUAUUUGUUCCUGAAUUCAUAUAUUUGAAGCUUUCUCUUUGAAAAGAGUAAAUUACGAGUUCAAAGAAACAGUACGCUAAAUCUAGCCUGGAGUGCAAAGAAGUCCGUGAUCAGUUUUUAGAAAACCUUGAUUUCCCCGUGCAUUUUCUGUAAUUACCACGCUCCAUUUCAUCGUGAUCAGAUAUUUGAAGGCGGCUUAUCGUGUUAUCUACUUCUUUUUUUUUCGUCCUUAUGACGUUGGCUCUUAUCUCGAAAGGGAGGAAAUGACACGGCACUCAACAUGAAAUUGUAUAGCCCGGGGACACAUGGAGUCCACUCUAAGACUGUCAAACAUGCGCUUAUGAAAGUGCGUUUCUCUUCGGAUGUGCACUGAGAACAUGUGAGAAACUUUGUUAAGUUAUAUUCCGUAAGUUUUAGCACGUUCAAAUUCCUUUGCUACUGAACUUUCAGAUAAUCACUCACGGACUUUGAAUUUUCUUUUUUUGAACUUUGAAUUGUUUGUACGGUCACGCAAGGAACGAAGGCCACGUCAACUCUCGACUUUAAAUUAAAACCAUUCCUGUGUCAUCCUGUUAUAAUAAUGCCACGUCAGUAAAUAAUUCUGCUCGGUCUAAUAUUUAAUGGCUAUUUUUUGGCCUUUACAAGUUCAGCUUAGGUGUACAGGUAGGAAGAAGUCGAAGAAGUACCUCAUUUUUAGAUUCUGGAUAUUCGUUUGGUUACUCAAUUUCGGGAACAAUUUUACCUUUGCCGGCUUUUUGCUGCGAGGUUUAUUUGAAGUAAGUCAUGUUUGUCUACUUUAUUUUGGUUUCUGAUCGGUAGAGGAGAGUUGUUCUCCGGUAGUUCUUUCUGAAGCAUUCGUUUGAUUGAUGAAAAUUUUAGCCCGUCACUGUCUACUGGCAAUAACUGUAUGUUUAUCACAAGUAUCCUUCCUAUGUCCUAUUAGCGAGUAAUUAAAAUAACAAAGAAUUUAGUAUCACAAUUGCUAAUCUCUGAUAUUGAAAUAUAUAUCAGAGCUUAUCAUUAUAGUAUCAAUUUUGUCAUCGACUAGCCACAGACUUCAAUUUAGCCAGCCUUUUCUUUUGGAGUGUUUUAAUUGUGAUAACUAGCUUUGAAUUGUAGUAACCCAGUUCAAACUAAGCUUGUGAUCUCAAUUUCGCGAAGACUCUUGUUUGACUUGUGUGCUCUGAACCGGCUAGGACCGGGAAUUGAGGACACGUGGCAACGUCCGGAUACUGCGCAACAUACUGUAUUACCAGUAUCCGGACACGUGAAACAAAAACUCAAUUUUUGAGGCGCCCUUUUCAGUUCUCGGUAAACGAAGUAUUUCGAAUUGCGACUCAAUCGGUAGUUGCGGGGACUUUCGGACUUUACUGGUUAGUUUAAGAUACGGCGACUACGGACUACGACUACGGUUAAACAUGCUACUGCGCAUGAUCAAAACCACGUGACUGUUCAUUUUUCCCGCGUAGUCCUGCGGCUACAGUGAAUUAUUGUUGAGCUGUUUCGCGUAGUCGGGACUACGGAGAACAUUUUGCUCGUAUUUUGCCGUCUCGUUAAUUCAAGAAUCUCGUCUUUUCGUAAAAAACUUUUCAAUUCACCUGCUUUAAGUGAGAGGGAAGCGAAAUAUGUAAGUUGUGUCUAAUUUCUGCUCAGAUUUACGCUUUUAAUCCACUGUUGUGAUUACAUUUUUAUCUGGCUAAGCUCAUAUUUAAAUAAGCUUAGCUAUUUAUACACAAAAUUGAGAUUGACGGCCGAGUAGAAGAGAAAUCAUGCAGGUAAUUUACUUUCUCUUCGUACUUGAAAAGUUUCAAUGUUUGUUCGAACUGAUUAGUGUGUCUUUCUACUUGUGUAACCUUUGUUUAUGCGAGUUUUUGUAUCGCAUUUGCUGAAUGACAAGAACGCUCUUAGUAGCUUUGAGUCUCGCUUUCUUGGAGAUGAGUUUUAAUGUCAAAGGCUCCGGUGCUGUUAUACUACUUUUUCGUUUGGAAUACAAAACGAGUGUUGUAUGUCAUAAUGUAUAUACUCAAAAAGUAAAAAUUGCAAGGAGAGACCUUUGAAAACCUUCUACAUAUUGAUAUUGCUCCAUUGAGGAGUACUCUUUCAGGGAUUUUACACUCGAAAAAUUGAACGAUGAUUUUUAUCGGUAUCAGGGGCUCAUGACUCUGUCAGUAUAAAUAUACAUAGCUUCUUUGUACCGGACCAAGAUACGGCUCGGUACAGUAUAUGUUCAGCACAGGAAAAAAGUGUAAGUUGAACAGAACCUUAUACAACACACAGUUAAUUCAGUUCGCGCGUAUUCCUGUUGAAUUUGUUGUCCUUUUUAUACGAUAUCAAUAUCGCAUGAAAGUAAUGACAUAGCUGCUUAGUAUCUACUUUUAAUAUCUCCGUACAAUCUCAGAAUACAAUGUUUAGAGUUGUACACAGCAUGCAUUUUAGAUAGAUAGAUAGAUAGAUAGAUAGAUAGAUAGAUAGAUAGAUAGAUAGAUAGAUAGAUAGAUAGAUAGAUAGAUAGAUAGAUAGAUAGGUAGGUAGGUAGGUAGGUAGGUAGAUGGGUGGGUGGGUGGGUGGGUAGGUAGGUAGGUAGGUGGGUAGGUAGGAACCUUAGUUUAUGGCACGAUAAAAAGAUCAGCAUUGCUGGUGGGGUCGUGCAUACAACAAUUACAAGAAAAAUAAGGAGUACUGAAAGCAAAUGUACACUUAAAAAUUAAAGACUAUUAAAAGUUUUUUUCUUGUGUUACAGUAUCACCAGGAUAAAGCGUUUAAUUUUCCCGGAAAAUUUCACUUUCUCGUUAAAACAAUCACUGACUUAGGCAGACUCGGAUUAGUUUACUUGAAUUUAGCGUUCAGUACAGCGAACGGGGUUAUGUUCUGUGAAAUUUAUCUACAGUCUGCGGCCCACACCAUCACUGAUCCACGAUUUAUUUGUUUAUUUUAUUUUCCAGUUCUUUUUAACCGAUCCUUGAUCCCUGAUUUAUCGAUACUCGAUCCUCGAUCCUCGAUCUUGAUUUUCCAGUAAACCUUGAAGUUUUGCUCAUUAAGAUUAUUCUUUUUUUUCGACCACUGAAGUAAUCAGUUGUUCCAAAAUAAUCAACGCUUUCAAGCCAUAGAAUUCUUGGACCAACCCGUUCCGGAAAAGCUCGAUAUGGGAUUUCUAUUAACUAUGGACAUGAAGUGUUACAAGUAGAGUGUGCGGUUAGUCAAGUUCAAAGCUACUCGUAUAAACACAUCCGUGACACGUUAGGGUGGAUUUCCACUGAUGCGUUUUUGGCUCCGUACGUUAACGCACGUAAAUUUUAAUCACGUAAAUCAAAUAGAGGUAAGACAUAAAGUAUUGAGAUUAAACGUCAAAUUAAGCGAGUUUCUACUUUUACGCUUACAUAAUUGUACGUGCAGCCUUUCAUACAUUGCCUUUAUUUUAUUUGCGAACGCAAAUUUUACGCACGUGCGCACGUAAAAAUUACGUGACAGUGGAUACUUCAUAUCUCAAGUAUUUAUGAAGUGCAACACGACUUCACAUCGUAACAACUGCAAAAAUCUAUCAAUUAAAUACAUAAAACAAAGUGAAUCUAUUUAACCGAAUAUUUCCUGUAAUUGCGACAGUAUUCUGAGAAACGUAACGCCUUAAAAAGCCACAAAAUCCUGAGGAUUUCCCCGCUAUAAUAUUUUCUCAUCCUGCUUGGGGAUGUGCCUGCAUGUCGUGCAUAAUUACACGAAAAUCAAGGGCCUCCAUUCGAGGAAAAUUAAGUCAUUGCCAAACUUACAUGCGUCAUUUCAGUCAUCGCCGAAAUAAACUGCUUUCUUAUCACGAGACUUAUUUCCAUACAAUGAAAGUCGUCACGAUUCUUAUCCCCAGUUUCCACGGUCUUCGCUAGGAACGCGGGGCCUACAAACUAGGUCCCACCGAAAAAAAAAAAACGACUGCAUUUUAAGAGUCUCGCUUUGCUCAAGCAAGCGAGACUAAAAAUGAUAUAAACGUCUUCGAGACAAUCGAAACUCGGCAUUUCAAUACUUCAAACUAAAUCAGAUCAGUAGUCGCAGAAGUCCAUCUUCUAAAUCUAAUAAAUGAGCUACUCUAUUUCUGUCUAUUUCCUUAAUACUUGACAUAAGUAUUCAUGGGCGAAAAAAUUAAAACCUGUGUACCCAAAACUUUGUUCACCAAUUUCACCCGACGUAAUUGCUUCUUUAAGUAUGGAAGAAUUUGUUCAUUGUUCUAAAGAUAAGAUCACAUGCAAAACUGACAUGCAUUUUUGUGAACUGUGAUGAAAACAGGAAAAUCUUUGUGUUGUUUCCCUCUCCGCCUCUUCUGUCGUAGUCUACUGUCUGUAGUGCAAUCUUAACGUUCUAUAUUUGCACUACUCAACCCAGUGCUACGUACAAACAAAGGACAAUGCUCGUCCAGCCGUAGUUCGUAGUCCGUAGUCUCGGUAUCUUAAACUCCCUAUUCUACGUGGUAUGUACGUGUAGUGUGUACGCAACCAUGAAGUAUUCGACUGACAGGGUUGACUGGGAAUCAGAUAAAAGAGCUUCGCAAAGUCAACAUUCCAGUGGGAAAAACCGACUUAAAUCGACUUAAAUCGACUUAAAUCGACUUAAAUCGACUAACGUUAUUCAGUCACUUAAAAUAAUGACUUGAUUUUUUUUCUCUAAGGCCAUGUCCCCACGAAUCCGAACAUUUUUGAAACCGCUUAUUUUUUUUAUCUGCAAUCAGUAGCAGGUUAUUUCGAUUGUUGAUAUUUGACAUUAACAGUGUUAAAUAACUGUGCAUAUAACGCAACAUGACAAGAAUGCGAUCGAUAAAAACUGAAAUUUGAACCAAAAUGUAAGUGUUUGUAUCAAGCUACAUUGUAUAAAAGUCCGUGAGAUCAGCGUAUUAUUAGGUCGAAAUACGCAUCGCGCAAUAAACCUCGCGAAACUCGUUUUUUCAAAUAUAACCUGCGAUCAGGCGGUCCUUUUUCCCUUUUUGUUUGGGAGACGAGGGGAAAAGGACUUUUUCCCCCUUUCCCCGAAAAAAAGAAAAAACGCCCGAUCACAGGUUAUUCUUAAUACCGCCCCUCAAGUUAAGCCCUGUCGGGCGGGGUUAGAAACUAGAUGGGUAACACACCGCAAAUAUCAUCGUGAAGGCCCCUACUUUAAUCGUUCUUUUCUUCUUCUUCUUUUUUGUGUAUUCUGUGGUGUAACUAAAAGUAUUUGUCUGAAACCUGCCCACGAUAAGAUCGCGAGCGAUGGAGUAAGUAAAAGGGUUAAUUUCCAAUCGAAUUCAAUAUAAUUAACUGCCUUCAUAACGCUUCGCGAACGUAUCAAAUGAUUUUCAAUCUUUGCUUCCGUAUUAUACGUUUUACUACCAAGGGAGAACAAACCUUCUCACACUUUCCAGAAAAGCUCUUAAUAACUUAUAAAGCAAUCUAGCAAUUAGCCAAAAGACCGACUUUAUUAGCUUUUAUUUACCGUAGAGUUCCAGGAAUUGCUUGAAAUAUUCUGAGAAACGUAGCGCUUCAAUUCACGGGAACUUUUUACCGUCAGUUGCUUAAUUCAAACUCUUCGCUUGCAAAAAUGUGGCUUUCUUCAUGGAACAGGAUAUCUCCCCGGCCUUAAGUUUUCGAGAGUGUUCUUUAGGUUUGUUGAUUGACUGCGAACUAAAGAGCCUCGAUUUCGAGGGACAUACUUGAAAUCGAGGCAAAUGCGGUGAUAUACAAACAUACAAACCAGGAGCCGAUUACUCGGCUCCUGUACAAACAUAUUUACAUCGAAAAAUCUCAAAUGAGGCUGGCUUCGGGCACAGGCCGUACUCGACCUGAAUGCAGCAAAAAAUGUGCGGUUUAAAAUAUAUCCAGAUUCGUUUGGACGAAGCCUAAAUAACAGUUAAAAGGAGCAAAUAUUAAUCAAUAUUGCCUAGAAAUUUUUAAUUAGCUCGAGAAAAGCUAAAAAAUUUCUGGAAUAGCAGUUCUAUCCAGGUUCUGUUCGUCAAAGUGAUUACUGUUUGCUACCAACUCACCUAUGAUUUUGGGAGAUUGUGUUUUUCGCAUUUUAUUGUCAACUCAUAUUUCGCCGAUUACCAUUAAGAAAGAUGUCUUUAAAGUUUUGGCAAAAAGACAAACCCCUUAUAUAAUUUACUUAUGAAAGUAAGGGUACUCCGGCUCCACCAAAUUCAAUUUUCCACCGAACCCCUCUGGGUAGCUAACAGUUUCGGAUGAGACGAUCGCGCGCGAAAACAUCAGCUAAAAUUUUUGAGACGACCAAAGUUCCCCUUUGACAUCCGAACGGAUAAAUAGUUGUUUUUAAGGGUACUUUCAAAUUAAACAAACAGCUUCUGACGCAUAGAGGGAAGAAGUUCUCAAAACAUUCGGUCGCAGAUAAAUGUUUAAUUCGCCAAUUUUAUUUUUUUAGGUGUCUAUCUUUUGGUUUUCCUUUUCUAGACAAAAAACUGUACGAUCAGUUUCACUUUGGUAGAAACUAGACCCAAACUCUCCGAUUUAGAUUAAACUUCUUCGGAAAACAAUACCCUACAGCGGCACAUACCCAUUUAGGGGCCAACCAUUUUGCCAGGAAAAGCUCCUGAUAUCGGGGGAUUUUAACAUUCAUGUGGAUAAUGCAGUGGACACUGACGCCAUAAACCAUAUGUGAGUUAUUGAUUUACUGGAGUCGUAUGGACUUCAGGACCACACCCUUGACUUGAUCAUCUCAUCACACAUCAAUCUGAUCAGUUACUUAGCAAUACUCUGUAUAUUUCUGACCAUGCAGAUGUGCUGUGUUCUAUCCGCUUUUAUAAGCCACCACUUUCUGUGCGGAAAGUUUCCUACCGAAAAAAUAUCUCAAGGAGUUUAAGGCCUCGGUCAAAGGCGUCAGUUCGGCGCGUGUGAAUGAUUGGCAAUAUCUUUCGCUAGGAGACCUAGAACAAAAAUAAUUUUUCCCAAAAAGUAAAAUUUGGGGUUUUCUUGUGCCUAACGUUCAAUUAUGGUCACUUGACAUGUCACGUGACCAAAAAUUGAAAAUGAAGGAUAUUGGCGAAUUGGUGGCGAAUUUACUUUGUUUUUAUAAACAAAUUGGCAUUUCUGAAAGAGGAUAAUAAACAUACCUAACUUUCUACGUUUGGACUGAAUGUACACGAAGUUUAAAACUAAAGUUUUAAAUAAUUCAAGAUCAAAUUUGGGCAUUUAAAAUGAUGUUUUCCCUCACAAUUUUUUAUUGAAGUGCUAGAAAUUUUUAAUAUGAAGUAGAGAAAUCUUAUUGAUCGAUUUCUUUUCUUAACCUGGCCACCAACUGGUAAAUAAUUUACGACUUUUAGCAAAAUGGUCACGAGACAUAUCACGUGACUUAUCAACACAACAUUUAAUUUUAAAAAAUGUUAAGGAAGAUGAGUUCUUUAUAUGUGCCAAAUUUUGAUUGAGCGCCAUCAUCUAUGCCGACGCUAUUGCCAAUAAAUCAUUUUCCACCGGUAAACCCUUUAGUCCCAGGCCUUAAACUACUUCAGAUUGCAAUCAGUCAACGUAGUUUUGUUCGAAUAAGGAGGAUUUGGCGUCUUCUAAGCCGCGCCAGAAUCCAUCAGAUGACUUGGAGCAGUUUGUUUCAUAACAUGACGAUACCCUCAAACUGCUUUGGACAGGCACGCGCCGUUGACAAGAACGAUCGUCCAGAGACCUCGUGUUCCAUAUUUCAGUCAGGAGAUCAGAGGGAGGCGAAGCGUCAACGGAGGAAGGCUGAUGAAGAGGUGGAGGAAAUCUCCAUUGGAUUCCGAUGGCGCUGCUUUUAAACCAAAGCGUAAUCUUGUAACUACCCGUCUUAUGAGUAAGGCUCGAAGGGAAUUUUUUAGUUAUUAAUAAGUAACUUUAUAGACGAAAAUAGUGGUGAUCAAAAGAAACUAUUGCGUGCUGUUCAGCGCCUUUUUUAGCGCACAAUUGAUAAUGGUCUCCCAUCUCAUCUGGACAGCAAAACGUUCUCUAACAACUUGGGGAAAUGCUUUGUUCAGAAGAUAGAUACGAUCCGUAUGCGUGACACCGACCGAUCAGCGGACUGAUUCACAACCAGAAGAUAGAAGAUGAUACUCCGUCCGCUGUUCUUCCUGAGACUGCACCACCAUUCCCUACCUUUACGAUGUCAUCAGACUUUGGAUGUCUCAAGAUAAGUUACUUAUGAACGAUGCUAACGAACAGAACUUCUUUUGACGGGCACCAGACAGCAACUCGCUAAAGUCAACAUUUGAUAGCAUAACUAUUGGACGUUCUUUCAUUGAUCCACAUUCUCCCGUUCGGAAUCUGGGUUUGUGGUUAGAUUCUAACCUGUCAAUGGGUAUCAGAUAACGAAAACAAGCUUGCUCUUAUUAUUAUUGUUAUUAUUAUUAUUAUUAUUAUUAUUAUUAUCAUUAUCAUUAGUAGUAGUAGUAGCAGCAGUAGCAGUAGCAGUAGCAGUAGCAGUAGCAGUAGCAGUAGCAGUAGCAGUAGCAGUAGCAGUAGCAGUAGCAGUAGCAGUAGCAGUAGCAGUAGCAGUAGCAGUAGCAGCAGUAGUAGUAGCAGUAGUAGUAGUAGUAGUAGUAGUAGUAGUAGUAGUAGUAGUAGUAGUAGUAGUAGUAGUAGUAGUAGUAGUAGUAGUAGUAGUGGUAGUAGUAGUGGUUGUAGUAGUGGUAGUAGUCGUGGUAGUAGUCGUGGUAGUAGUCGUGGUAGUCGUGGUAGUCGUGGUAGUAGUGGUAGUAGUGGUAGUAGUAGAUUUGUAAAUAGGACUUUCAGGUAUAAUGACUAAUUAUCGUGCGAUAAUUUUCUUAUUUAUCGCGCGAUAACUGUUCAUUAUUACGCAUGCUAAUCCGCCGGAGAACUCAGUCCUUUUCUGUAAAUACAUAACAAGAACAUAACCUUUAUUCACUUCACUUAACAAAAGGGACCACUGCUGGACAAUGAAAUACUUUAAGCUAAGAAGUAACCUGGCUUGAUUCUCACUGUAUAGUUUUGAAACGAGAGAUACUUGAUUACAAAUAUAUAGUAAUUGUAAAUCUUAAUUACUCCCCUUUUCCUUCAGGAUUAAAAUGCUGUAAUCCUUACUUGGAAAUCUAGCUUGGCAACUGAAAUGAACCCUAUUAAGCUGUCUUAAAUUUAGACUAUAACUUCUUCUAAGUAUGAUAAAGAAAGGGUCAACAUCAAGAUAAUGCAUGCAAUUUAUCGCGCGAUAAACUGACUAAUUAUCGCGCCAUAAUUCAAACUUAUCGCGCGAUAACUGACUAAUUAUCGCGCGAUAACUUAAGUAAAAAAAAUAUGUUGUAAUGUCCCUUACGGGCCACCGUAUAGCCCCCAAGUUUUCCGUCCAUAAAUAGCGGCGGGUGGAACAGCACAUGAUCUCACACGGAACUCGUGACGGGCAAUAGCAACAGUUUGUUGUGAUCAUGUUUGAGGGGAGAAAAAGUAAGUCUUUUGCUUUAAUUAGUUAUUUGUUAUUUCUCGUUCUCCUUUGGUUUGGUGAACUUAAAUUAUUCAUGCUAUAAUUCUUUUAAGUUAUUGCCUCUCCAUUUAUAACCCUCGUAAAAGUAAACACCAUAUAAAAGUGGACGUACUUUGUUAAGAUCAAACCGGCACUCAAUUAGUUUAAUUUGCCCAGUUCAUACGUCGUGCUUCUGCCGUGCCGAACCUAAUCUGUAAUCAAUAUUGGGUUUGACAGAAUAAGAAUGUUGGUUUGUUGAUUGAAUGGGUGAAGAGUCGUGGAUGAGAGAACAACAGACGUGUCCUCUUACAAUACAUUUUAACAUGUGAACAGUAAGCUCGGACGCCAGCAUACAAAAGGCGCCACUAGCAGCCGCUCUCAGUCCAUUUGUGAGCUUACUGUACCCACCCAUGAUGUGAAUGAUGUGAUGCGUGAAGGUUGACCACAACACCGGGCUCUACAUCCCCUACUCUUUUCGAACAGUGGUGUGGGUUCUUUUACGUCCCACAAGAACCAAAUAAGUGUAAGUGCUGUGAGACGGGACCUACGGUUUUUCGUCCUUAUCCGAGAAGACUAGAUUCUAACCGUUUGCAGAUGUCAUUACAAAGGUAGCACUUUCUUCUCAGUUAUUUAAAGACCCUGAGUGGUGGUCAGGCCGGGGUUCGUACCCGUGACCGCCCGCUCAGCAGACCGGCGCUCUCCCAACUGAGCUAACCAGGCGGCGGCGGAGUCAUAAUUUAGUUGGCAGUCUUUAAAAAUAAAAUUCCUUUGCUUCAUUUUAGCAAAGUUAAUAUAACAUGUAAUUCCUUCCUGUUUCAAGGAAGAUACUAAUUGUUAUGAAAGAAAAAAAAUUUUUGACCGAAAAAAAAUAAACUGUCAUAGUUACAGUAACAUAAAAGUUGAACAAGAAAUGAACAAAUCAAUAAGAGCAAGAAUUGUUGCUUUUAAUCUUUUUCUGAUAAUAUCAACAGCAGUUUCUCCGUUACAACUCACUUCAAAGGGUGAAAAUUAAUUAUUCAAAAACAAACUACUGGUUCACAAAUAUCUAGCCAACAUAGGAACACAACUACCUCAUGAGAUAACUUCAGGACACUAAAAAAUUGGCACAGUCGACUCACGAUAACUCGGACCUUCAAGGGAAAUCGCAAAACGUUCGAGUUAUCGCGAGCUCGAAGAAAAUAGCCGCGAGUAAGGAAAAACAGUGUUUACUGCGCAGUGAACAUUUUAAUCACAGUCAACUGUAGAAAUGUUAAGUGAAAAUUGAAAGAUACUUCUAGAUUAUAAAUCAGAACGUCAUGUAACAAAACACUGCCUAAAUAAAGCAUGCGUUUUCCUGUUUUGAGAAGUAAAACUGUUAGACGUUAGAUUUGUGACAAACAACAUCAGCCUCCACAAGUAAACUAUAUGCCCACAAUACGUCAAUGGGAAAUGCAAAAUCCAAUGUUUCGGACGCCAGUAGACUGUUUUUUUCCCCGACUUUUUAAGAGUUCAAAACAUGGUUCGAAUUAUCGAGGGUAAAAUUAUAUGUUCGAGUUACUGAGGGUAAAAUUACAGAAAAUGUAUGACGGAAAUCCAGGGGAAAUCGAUUUUGGUUCGAGUUAGCGCGAGGUUCGAGUUAGCGAGGGUUCGAGUUAUCGGGAGUCAACUGUAUUUUCAAAACACCAUCAGUCAUAGAACAAUUUUGGAGGAACCUAAUAGUAUUUAAGUUGAAACAAACCGCAGCACGUUAUUUCAGCGUGCUAAAAAUAUCAAGAAUUGGACAAGCAGGGAGACCCAAUAUAAACUGUCUCUCUGAGUUUCUGUCUUCACUAGACUAAAGCACCAGUUUUUUAGAACAAAUGACAUUAAACAAACGACGAUCGAAUAGUAUCCCAUGAUGCAUUUUUCCAGAGGCAUCACCCAAUAUCGCAGACAUGGCAGAUUACAUCGUGAAAUACGGUCGUUUUCUCGUCGGCUUUUUUCUCAUUUGUGUUCCAGUAAAACAAAGAAAAUUGCAUUAUUUUGUUAUUUGACAUGAUUUCUCCGAUUUGCAAUGGCUUAAGAGCGAAGUUUUCAUAUAGAAACAUUUAUUUCCAUUGUUUCACUUAGUCUUCGCGUCACAAAAUGUUCAGUGACCCACUACAAGGUCAUGAAUAUUCACGAUUUUUUGGAUUAUAUGUUGAAGUCUUCCAAAUGUGGACCUCACGCUAGCAACUUGAAGUCCUGAAUAUUUUGCAGGUUAAGAAGAACCCAGAAGUCCCCACAUUUUGAAGACUUUUUUAUCGACCAAAGAUGGCUGAAAUUUCGUAUUUUUUAUCACAUUUUUAAUAACGCCAUGUGCCGAUAAUAUGAGUAAAGCCUGCUGAAGGGUCAGGGGGACCCAGCGACUUUUUUCUGUAAAAUAACUGUUCGAAAGAGCAAAUAUAUUGCCUAGAAAUUUCUAAAGCUUGGGAAAUUUAAAAAUUUUUGAAUAACCGUCCCAUUCGUCUAAAAUGUUAGGAGGUUUUCUAGGAGAGAGAUCUACAAUUUUCGGAACAUUUUUUGUAAAAUUUCUUGCUUGCCUGCCUCUCCUAGGAUUUUCGAACAUCUAAAAAAUGGUAUAAUUGCCCAUUUUGACGGAGUUUUACCCUUAAAAGGUCACCUGGAAUUUCCGGAAGCCCUUUUCCUGGCUGAAAUUUUCGAAUAGGUAAGUUUUGAUAAUUUUCGGAUCACUAGACCUUCAGCUAGGAAAUCCGAACAGAUGAAAAAUUUUUAGGUGAUAAAAAUAUGCCUAUAUCUACCGCUUAAAUACUAAAAUGCGUUUGACAUGCUAUGUUUAUUUUGAGGUACGCCACAAUUUAGAGGGCUCGCGUUAGAUAGAUGAUUGUUUGCUUUACACCUUUGCAUACGGUUAGUUAGGUAAGAUUUAAACCAUUUCAGGGCGUCUUGAUCAACGCCAUACUUAGUAAGUUUUUUUAGAAUUAUCUCGUGGUCAAUAGUGCCAAAGGCCUUCUUCAAAUCAAUAAAGAUUACAAUCAAUUACACCAUUAAGAAGACCUCUAUCAAUAUUGACACACCAGUUAUCGUUUGUCUCCAACAAGGCAGUAAGAGUGCUGUGUAGCGAGCGGAAACUAGACUGGCCGCUGUUUAAUAAACCAUUUUCAUUUAGAUAUUGAUAUAGCUGGUCAUAGAUAAUUUUUUUGAAAAUUUUGGCUACGGUAGAAAUAACAGAUAUAGGCCGAUAGUUGUUUAGGUCAGUGAAACACAUCUAAAACCCUAAAACCCUUGGCGCUCAGAAUCCUGCACCAGUUGUGCUGACAUAAUCAUUUGCAUGAGUUGCAUCUCGGUUUUUCUAGCCUUUUCGUUCUCUUCGCGGUAAAACUCAUGAAGAUCUUUGGUUAGGUUUCUCUCUAACAACUUCUCCAUACAUUAAACAGCGCUUGAAGUAAUUUUUUUUCUUUUUUAUUUUCCUGUAUUCUUUAUUGGAAAAAAAAGCUUUUUCUCACCAGCACUUUCCUUGCUGUCAUCAACAGGUAUAGGCCUUGAUAACGCUGAUGAAUGAACUCUUCCUCUGCUCAAAACAUCACUAGCUAGCUUUUGGCUCAAUCGCGCAAUCUGGCUGACCGGGAUCAUACGUCUUCACCAAUGCAAAUAGCACUGCAAACCAUGGACUACAAUUUUUUUUCUCUUGAAAGCGAUCAAUACCUGUAGCGGUUUUAAUAGUCCGGGCCGCCUUUGAACAUUCACUGAUCAGCUGCUUUUUUAAAUUUGUUCCUCACUUGAUUUACAGUAAAUGGAAAUUCGUCACCUUGAGCAAGAGCCCGUUCUUUCAAAUCUUUCAACACCUUGCCUUAAAACUCACUGUUUGUCGUGUUCUUUGAGUUCUUAAAUAUAAUCUUUCUUUAAAAAUACUCACUAUUGCACACAAUAUCUACCAGGUCAGUUACGUCGUCUUCUCUUCAAUUUGGUCUUCUUCCCGCCUUUUUCUUUGAACCUGAGUUUGGACGACUCGUUUGCGAUGACACUGACUCAACAUCGCCGAUCGCUUCCUCGUCUUCCUCUUGUUCUUUAUAGCCAGUUAGUGGAAUAUUUUCGUCAAAAGUUAGUUCGUCUUCUGAUGAGUUAUCGGGCUCUGCAAACCAAGGAGGAAGGAGCAUGCAAAGUUUGCACGGAAAGCCGCCAUGUUUGUUUUAAACGAUUCUCGACCCCAGUGCUCACGCUUCUGAUUCCUGGCUGUAAUGCGCAUAGAGGCUCUGGGGAAAUAAACGGAAUCAAUGCGCAUGCUCAUUGAAAGACAUUUUCUCCCAUUUUCCGGGACUCGCGAGAUAACAAUUCCCACGAAAAUACAUUUCCGAAAUUUAUGAAUUUAGUUCGACACGGCCUAAAAGCACGACGUUUGCAUCGUUGCCGUGCCAGAGUCGUGUAGCAGGGCAGACCUUGUCGAACUUAAUUGUUCUGCCGCACUAAAUUAAAAACUUUGAUUCAGACGUCGUUCUUCUGCCGUGCUUAUGUCGAACUUAAUUCAAGUGUCGGUAGCCACCACUAGUCACCUCCACUUGAGUGUAGCUAAAUGUCGUGGGCCGUGGGUAGUGAUAGAGGUCGUUGGUCGAGGGUGUGAGUGUGGGUCGUGGGUGUGCGUAAAUGUCGUGGGUAAAAAAAAAAAACAGAACAAAAAAGAAUCGAGAAAACCAUAUUUACGCAAGGCAAAAAAAUUUACAUACAGUCUAGCCUUAACUUUAACGAGACCUAAAGCUUCUUCAAGAAAGGUUUCUAUCCAAACAUAUGAAAUAGCUCAAAAUUGCCGUUUCCCCCUCACUUCCCCUCCCCUUUCCCACAGUGAUCGUAUUCCAUCGUCUUAAAAAAUCUUCGCUUAUUAUUGGAAUUUUAGAUCGAAUAUAGAUUAAUUACAGUAAGCAGCUAUUUCCAUUCAGUGAGUCAGAGCUGUCCCAUACUAUCUUCAAAUUGCACGUUUCGACAUAUUUUACGUCUGUUUCGUUUAUUUUCGCGGCGAACACUCAGGUAUGGAUAAAUCUUCAUCAGCAACAUGUCUUUAUACAGUGAUGUUAUGAAACGGAACCCAAGUCCCACAUGGCUAAAAAAAAGUAUCAGGAAGAGGACGAAGAAGAAGCCAUGAAAAGGCUAGGGCAGUCAAGGAGUCGGAGAUAUUUCUAUACUUUGUUUACCCACGACAUUUACCCGCACUUACGACCCACGACAUUUUACCAACUCCCAGAGCCAGGGUACGCUCGCUUUGUGUGGACGAGAAUUCUACCUAUUAACGGAGAAACAUGAAAAAGUUCCGGGGGUUUUAAAAUAGAAACGAACACUUGUGAACUUUCGGUACCUUAGAACAUUCACAAAUAACUGAACACUGAACCUGAACUAAUGUUAACUUCCUAGAGCUGGAAAAAAAUUCCCAGCUGCCCAAAUUUGAUAUUAAUAAUAUAUGUAUUUAGCGAAUUACACGGAUCUUUUGUUCACGCUGUGUAAUAUAAAUUCCCACUACCCUUGAUAAUCCCUUGGCACUUUGUUGUAUGGAGCUUCUACUGUACCUACAGUUUUAUACUGUAGGCCCACUUUUGUUUCUACUGUACAUCAACGAUUUGCCUGAGAGUCUAAAAUUAACAACUCCAUGUAUGUAUGCGGAUUAUACACAAAUCUUCGCUUCCUCUCCCAAUGCACACAGAUUUAUCGUGAAGCUUAAUUCUGAUCUCGCUGAAGUCCGAAAGUGGCACAUCAAGAACAAGAACGCGCUUACAGCGGCAUUCAUUCUCGCCUGCUUGGAGAUUAGAUCGAGAAAUGAGGAGGCGAUUAAUUCUACAAGAAACAUGAUUUACUCGCUAACGUUUUUUUACUUCCUACUUCAUCGACGUCGAUACUUUUUCACGUGUUAACGACGAUCAGAAAUACCUCUGCGGUAGCAGGCUAUACGAGUGUAUAAAUACACGAAAAUCAAGGGCGUCGAUGCCAGAGAAAUUACAUCAUUGUCAGAUAUCAAAAAGUGAUUUACAUGGCACGUCACUUCAAUCAACGCCGAAAAUAAAUCGCAUGCUCAUUUGCAUACAGUGACAAGCUGUUACGGCACGUACACGGUAGUUGGCGUAACCAUUAAAAGGGAAAUGGCCUUAUCGCCAAGUGAUAAAGAAGUAGCUAAUUGUUCUAAAAAACAUACCCAAUUCAAGACUAGAUUGCACAAACCAUACCCUAUUUCAGACCAAAAUGAUGGUCGAAAUUGAUACCCUAUAUUUCAGACUAAAACGGCAAAAAAAAAAAAAACAUACUCUUUGGCGCGGCACAUACCUAUAUAGCCUAUGUAAGGGACUACCCCCCUCCUUCCGGGCGAAAAACGCGUUGCAGGUUAUCAGUCUCGCUGCUUUCGCAAGCGAGACUAAUAAACUUCAAAUGCAUCCGUCUAAAUCAAAACUCUUGUUUAUUGGGUCCUCCUACAAUCUGAACAAUAAGAUAAGUGAGCAACCUGUUGUGCUGGGACUGUCAUGUCGAUUCGAUCUGUAGAAAGGUUAGCGCUGGUAUAGGAGCCAUGAGUGUAUCAAAAAUUUCGUUCCCGUAGCUUCUCAGGAAACAGUUUAUAAGGGCUUAGUUCAGCCAUAUUUUGAGUAUUGUACUCCUUUGUGGGACACCUGCGGCAAAUUAUUGAAAGAUAAGCUGGAAUGAUUUUAGUCACGUGCUGCUAGAGUUCUCACGGGUGCCAGUCAUGAUACUCGCUCCGCAUACUUAAUUGACUUUCUUCCUUGGCAAACACUUGAUGAUCGACGGCAAUGUGUAUAGUCAAUUUUAAUGUAUAAAAUAUUAAAGGAUCACACCGCCCCCGGCCCAAGGAACUCUUUUCUGAGAAGGAAUGAAUUACCAUCCAUGUAACACGGCUACUGAUCUAGACUACGAGUAGUCCCCCAUUUUUCCUCAGGGAUAGUAGAGCGAGCGAAACGCGAGCGCGCGUGAAAAUCACCCCACGCGAGAAAAGGCGACACGCGGCGGGGAGAGAGAAAAAUGAGGGACUACAGACAAAGCCCAAGCUUUUGACCCUUCACGGCCGACUGAUUUCGGAGUGUGAAGUUCGUAUCCCCUUCCAAAUCAAUUAAGCGCAUCCAAUCGGCUUCCUUCCCUCAUUGAGCUGUCAUUGCUCUUGUCAUUGGUAAACUGCGGGGGAUACUUAUUGCAAGCAAAAGAAAACCCAGAUACUAAUUUUCUUGACAGUUGUUUCGCGUGAAGAACUUGAUAGUGUAGGCAACACACGACUUUUUACUCAUGCCAAAAUGCUGCUUGUUCCAAUGAAUUUUUUUUUCUGACGGAUAGAUUAUGCUCUGGAGGAAAACGUUUUGACUGAGCAAAUUUGAUUUUUGCCGCUUAUUUCAUAAUGAGAGGUCGUGACACGUAUAUUAAUUUUCUGCGGUUAUUGUCUAUGGUCGGCAUGAUUUGCCCACUAAUGCAAGAGCAUUUUAUUUCACUUCUUUUGAAAAGUAAAGCUCUUCAAUGCGGCUAAAUAAGGGUCUAGGGUUGUUUAAUUUUUCCGGCGAUUGCCUCCUGGAUCUGAAUGAUUUUAAGCGAUUAUCUUUUUGGCCGUGAAUGUGUCGGUUUCCUGCAAUGUUUUGUCACGCUGGGCCCAGCUCGUUAGCGUUUUUAGCAGGACGGAUAGCGAUAUCCAAAUCUUGCAGAAUGGAUUGCAGCUUAAACUAAAACUACAUCAACUAUGGAGAACUGCGAUGCGACUCAGUCAUGACAUGAAUUUUAACUGCCGCUUGUUUUUCUGGAGAUAAUGUGAGUAUUUGGACUGGAGUGCGUAGUUCCUCCCUUGGUGAUAACUUUUGAAUAAGCGACUGUUCCGUUAUUCAAUUCCCACUUUGUGAUCAGACAAGACCAUGGUUUCGGUUCUCCACGCGAACCUCAUCAGUUGCUGGGUUGGCUUUCUUCUUAGUUGCUUCUACAAGAGCAACUCUGACUAGUUAUUUGUUCUUUGCUGUUAUUAUUUCUGCUCUAGUUAUUUGUUCUGUAAAUUGAGAUUAUGUCGAGUGUUGAUAGCGGCUGGCGCGUUUUUGACAGAUGUUGACAGAGUUCCAUGGAAGAGCCAAUCAGAGUUUUGCGUUGUGAGAGCAACGCAUUAGUUCAAAAGCUUGGGCUUUGUCUGUAGUCCCUCAUUUUUCUCUCUCCCCACCGCGUGUCGCCUUUUCUCGCGUGGGUUGAUUUUCACGCGCGCUCGCGUUUUGCUCGCUCUACUAUCCCUGAGGGAAAAUGGGGGACUACUCGUAGUCUACAACUGAUCUAACACUUCCUAAACCGAAAAGGGAGUUUCUAAAAAGAGGUUUUAAAUUUAGCGGUGCCAUUGGAUCCAGCUCCGGAAUGAAGCAAAACUCGCUGAGUCAAUCUCUUCGUUUAAAAGCCUUAUUAUAUUAUAGUUGGGUAUUGACAAGCUGUUUAUCUUAUAGUGGUUAACUUUUUAUAUACUUAUAUGUAAUAGAAAUAGUAGUAGUAGUAGUAGCAUAAGAAAUUUUAGUAUUAGUUUAAUUAGGAAUUUGUAUAAGGUUUUUCAAGAGAGCUUACUCUUGGGUUUUUAUAUGUGUUAACACGCCCUUCAUGCAAACAAGCCAAGUGUUGUUGGGGCUAGCACCUGUACACGUUGAUGCGAUAUAUUACAUGCUGUUCCGGCCCCUGCAAAACAACAACGACCAAAAAUAUUAAAUUUUUCAAAAUCUUCUCGGAAAGAGUGGAAAUCAAGCAGUUGAUCUCCUUGCUGCAACGCGACGUUAAUACUAGACUGUUCAGUCAAUACAAAUCAAAAUUGAUUUUUCGCAUUCGGUACUGUUUUGUUUUGGGUUUACUGCUUUUUUUUGCGUGCCAUGCCAUGUGUCGUGAUUAUUCUAGAGCUACAAUAUGUACCCUUUUAUCAUUGAACCACGAUCUAAUCUCUUUUUAGGUAAAAACAUGUGGCAUAAUUUUACAUAACUUUAGAUAUACCUUGAAUGCUGCUUCAAUUAUCCGGGACCCUAAAAUUGAACUUUAAGUCAAAAAUUAUGUUUACUUUUGUUUUCGACAUAACUCACAAGAGUUGACUAUUCGAUCGAUUGGUUUAUUCGUUAGCACACUAACUGCAAUUAGCCUACCUUUGUGUCUGUGGAGGGUACAGGUGGUAAAACACACUUACAAUUCACACGUGGUCUAAUUUGUAAACGCUGUUUUGUUUAAAAUAAACCAUUUUUUUUUUGAAAACGUUAGUUUUAAGACUUACUUUGCAGGCAUCAUUUGGAACUUACGUUCUGAUCGUUCUUUUAAUUUUUUCGUUAGAUUAUGCCAGAUAACGUUCGUCAUUCAUCUUGAGGUAAGUUUUAUAAACAAUUCUCCAAAGUGAACUCUAUAGAUUUCAUUACAGAUUUAGUUGAGAACAUUUGAUAGAGGAUAAAAGAGUUUUUUCUUAAUUUAAUUAUUAAUAAGUUUCUCUAGGUUUUUUAAAAUUGAUAUUGUUAGGAGAACCUUAAUAUCAUUCGCACUGUUAUUGGGAUUUACAGGGUUACAGAAGAAUGGACGGGGAGAAUUUCUAGCUACAGUUUGCGCAAGGAUGAAGGGCAUACACCCUAAAGUUAGCAAACGUGAAAUGUACUGACAAGACUGUCGCAAACGCUAUGUGGGUCAGAGCGCCUCCCACAAAAAAACUGGAAUUUUCAGUGUAGCUUAUGUCUGAAGGUCUACCUGAUAUGAGUCAUUCUUAGUACGAACCUCUAACGUGCAGUCGUAGAACGAGUAAUGAAUCUGCCUGAAGUAAAACUUAUAAGGUUUCUUUUCGUCGCUGAGGUAACCUUUAUACACUUGUCACUGCCAGCUUAAGUACCUUCAUAUCCUUCUUUGUGCUACUGUAUGAAUCAAGGUCAUUGUAAUCAUUAACCGGGGAGUAUUAAAAUUCUAAUAUAUUCUCAAAUUUCUAGAAAAGCACUAGAGCCGAACGCUUAACUCUUCUUGCGAGCAAUUGCCUGGCUUUUGAGGGGAAAGAAGAAAAUUUGAUUGACAGUGUCAACUUCCAACAAUAAAGUUGACUGACAGUUGGACAACCACUAAAUGUGCCGGUGGACAGUCACUACCUACGAAAUUCUGUGCAUCGCGUGCGACUUUUGAAGUACUGCAUUGUUUUAAGGUGUGUUCAAGAUUAGUGGUAUGUUUAAAUAUAAAUACCUGAAACUUUUGCAACGCUCUUCAAACGGGUUAUUCUGGUAUUCACUGUUGUCAACUCAGUGAUUUAAACUAAAAAUCUGUCGCAUUUACUCUGUGCGAGAACGUUUUUUAGUAAAAGAGCUCCAGUUGCGGUACUGUGCAAAGUCAGAGUCGAUCUACCCUUUAAUGGCUGUUCUUUGCAACAUAUGAUAUCAGGAUCAGGAUUGAGUGGAGCUUUGGGUGUAAAAAGCAACCAGCUGAUAUAAUGAAAAUUCGGAGUUAGAUUUAUUAGUCUACAAUGCCUUCUGUCUACCGAACCUAAAAGAGAAUGAAUAUCAAAAAAUACAAUUUGAUUGAGUACGUAUUUACGUUAGCUAAUUUUGCAUAAAAAUGUGCUUUCUCAAGCACAAUUCACCAAACAUGUUGAGGAUCGGUCUAGACUUGAGGCGGGGAUGAAUUCAAUGUUUUUUUUUGUUCUGACCUGUGAUCUACGUCACGGUAUACAAAGUUUGUAGCCGCUGGUGUCACGUUUUUGAAAAAGUACCCGUAAUCUCCGCGUAUUUUACUGUACGGUCAGUGCGUGCCGAUUUGGAAGUCGCUACUCAACGCAACGUGACUGUCACGAUGAGUGGUUUUGUUUUGCUAACAAGUGGUUUUUGAUGGACAUCCUGUUCGUUGUCAGCUGUCAAGAUGUGUCACGACAUGGUAUCUAUCAUCUAUCUGUUUUUUGUUUUUUGUUUUUUUCGACGAAAUUAAUAGACACUUUUGUAAGCCCAUCAAGAAAAUAUCAGAAAAGCAUACAUUAAUCAUUUCAAAAAUAAUUACAUUAAAACAAAUAAAUUUGUAGUUAGUGAGUUUUAACAGUCAAGAUCCGCGUUCAAUACUCGCGUUGCCGUCUGGCUUUUUGAGGACGUUCUAAUAUUCCACGUGAUUUUGUUUUGGUCGCUUUCAAAAUAUAAAAAUAUAUAUACAGCUAUUUCAAAAAACGUUUGUCGGAAGAGAAGAAAAAGCCUUUAAGCCAAGACUGCACGUAAUAUGGGAUUUUUAUAAUGAUUCAACUGAUGAAGGCCACUCUACGCAUGUCCUUGCAAGUGAAACAUUAUGUGCUCGAGAAUUUCUAAGCUUUGGAAACGUGACUCUAAAAACAGACGUGGAUGGAGGCCUUCAAACAGUAGGACCAGUAGUGAGGUAGUUUAAGCAAAUACGACGAUGACAGGAAUGAGAACGGAAAAAUCAAUAGGUUACGUUUAGCAAAACAACAACUUAAUUUGCACCUGCAUCACGCUUUUCGUUUUACGUUUUUGUCCUUGGCCGUUAACGUUGUUUCACGACAACGGCGUAAAACUCUCUUUCCCGUUUAGCCUGCGUAGCAUGGCGGUUUUGUCGAGCCGGGCGCACGAGCGGCGAAAAAUAAUUUUCAAGUUGCUGCCGCCCUAAGCGCUUCGCGGUUUCUCUGCCCUCGCCCGCCUUGCAGUUACUUGGCGCACCCAACCAAAACGGCCAUGCUACGCAGGCUAUUUCACGUUUUAUGGGGGGAAGUGAGCAGCAGAAUACGAUUUCCAUUUUUAAACUUAGAAACAGUCUUUUAGAAUUCAUUUCCAUAAGAAUCGUUUUAUUUGAAGAAAAUUGAACGAGAGUGAUUAUUAAGGGAGAAAUUGUUUUCCAUAAAUUCUCACAAUGGGAGUAGCACUCGAUCACCUCGUUCGAUUCUCAAAAAUUGUGCAACUGCAGAAAACCUUCCGGUUGCCCUAUGACUGAUGGUCAUUGCCUCAGGAAAUCCAUGGUGUAUCAAGGGACUGUAACAACAGAAGAUAGCAAACCUGACGAGACUUACGUUGGUCUAACUGAAAACACCAUCAAGACAAGACCCGUUUCGUGAACCCUAGAAAAGAAUGAGACCCAGAGCUAAGUAAAUAUGUACGGAACCUUAAAGACAGUGACAUUAACAUCCGGAUCACCUGGAAGAUUUUGAAGCAGGCUAUCACCAACAAACCUUCUUCCAAAUGGCGUAAUUUAUGUCUGUGCGAGAAAAAUUUUAUAAUCUGUAAGUCCCAUCUAGCCUAGCCUCCCACGCAGACGUUCUUAGGGGUUUGUCACGCGUUCCUGCCCCACUAAAAAAGUUAGUGGGGCAGGAACGCGUGACGAACCCCUAAGAAUAACAAGGGCAGUGAAACCUCGAUUUAAAGAAGGGCCAAAGGACUGGCCGAAUACGUUCACUAAAACGAGGUUUUUUCCCAUGCAUUUUACUAUAACUGGGGCAGAAAAUAUCAUUUGUUAUAUCGAGGACUUCGUUAUAUAGAGGUUUGUUAUAUCAAGGUUCCACUGUAUCUUCGUGUAGACACGCUAGCAAAUUUCUGUUGAAAAAUUCCAAGUCUUCUUCUGUUUCACAAUAGAAUCCAUAGAAACAGCGUCGUAUCCGAAAUAACUACAUUUUUAAAUUUUCAGUUAUUAUACUACUUCACGAGAAAUUCUUGCAGUUUGAUUGGCUUAGAGCGGAAAUAACAAACCUUUUGCGGGUAGUAGUAUAAACAAAUAAUAACAUAAUUUGUGCGUGAUAUUUGGCAUAAAUACCACUCGUGAUAUUUCAAACUGAAAUUGUCUCAAAUUUAUAACAAUUUCGAAAUAUCAUCGUGGUAUUUAUGCCAAAUAUCACUACAAAUCAUUAACUAUACUAAUUAGCGUACUCAGUGUUGUAAUCUACCCUUAGGCUAUUUCAUCUGAAGAGCGCUUCGUGUAGUACGAAACUAUAUAGUUGUUACAGGACUAAUCUCCCGAUUUUAAAUAUACUGGAUAGUUAAUGGCAGUUCGAUAAAUAAGGUUCUAGAACAUUCUAGGUGUUUCCCUUUAAAAGAGAAACAUGAUAAAUUACUAAUUUACUAAUAACGUUUUCAUUUAGAAAGAUAUUAUUAACAUUGUGCAUUUUGAGAGUGGGACAUCUUGUCUCCAGACUUGAUGUCCCUCGGAAAACACUUAUCCUUAAAAUUGGCAUUUUUAGUAAUUAACUAAGGAAGCCUAAGUUUACGGCUCGUUUUUGUUGACAACGCUUUCCCCUUUUAGGGAUUGUCGAUUGUCCUAUCUAUUUAUCUUCAGGUUUUCACAUUUGUGAAUAUGGGAGUUGUCCUUUGUUUACCAUAAACGAAGUUUGUACUUUUUGAGUCUUAGCUUCAAAUAUUCAAGAAACUUUACAAUAACUGUGCAAAGUGUGUUUCUUUUAUUGAACUUUACUUGUUUAAUUUUCCUUAGUAGCUCUCCUGCUCCGGAACUGAAGAAAAGCUUUUCAAAGAAUUUAGGUUACAAGUGACUCGUAUGUUAAUAAGAAAUGUAUCCUAUGCAUUAUUAUUAACGUCAACAUAUUAUCAGUGACCAAACAUAAAUAGAGAGCUGGUAAGAAGGUUUUUUUCAGUGAACAUGAACUAAAGAAGCAAGUUCGGAGCAAGGUCUAAGUUUGAAGAAAGAGAGACAGGGAGAGAGGCCGGGGAGAGAGAGAGAGGGGGGGAGAAACGAGAUAGAGAGGAAGUGAACUACAGCAGCAGCGAAGGCUAAACCUUUUGAAAGAUAUGUGAAAUGGAAGAGAAGGAGAAUGCAGAGCCGCCUUGCGAGUAAGCAAAAUAAACCUUGUCAGUUCAACUGGUUGAUUAUGCAUCAGCUUAAGUCAAGUAAAAGAACAUGAGAUGUCAUGAUUAAAACGCUUGGAAGUAUUGACAGUUUUGAUUUUAAAUGUACAAGAAAACGGAAACUAUAAGUGAUAAGUGGGUUAUUAUAAAUGACUUCACAAACCGCGAAUUCAAACAGACGGCACGUUUUACAAACAGUCGCUAAAUAAAGUGGCUGCCGCGGUGAACUGUUUCGUUUUGCAAGCACGUGGUUUUCGACGAUGGGCACUCGGUUCUUGUGAGACCACUGACUGAACAAACUUGACCGUAGUUGGUACGUUUGGCCUUUUUUGAUAAGACUUUGCAAUAAUUGCCAGUUAGCACAUAUCCGCUCGGAGGCCGAUUUAUUCAUCAUAAUUGUUUAUUGCCUCGCCAAAAUCGUGAAUUUAACUACCAGUAAGGAAUCCUGUACCCAAAAUCACAAGCGAGGAGGUUGAGUUCAAUUACAUGUGCAUCAAAAUCUUCUCGGUCUUUACAUUAGUAAAAGAUAGUGGAGCUUAAGCAAUAACGAUGGCUACGGCUAAGAAAACGCCACUUAAAAAGUGAAUUCGCGCUACUUCAAAGUUGAUCGCGCUUAUUCCAUCUCGUUUAAUUAACUCGUCAACUGUUCGUUAAAAUGUUCUGUAGUUGAAUUCUAAAGGACUGUAUCGAAGUUCAGCAAAAGAAAAAGAAAGUUGUUGUCUUUCACUUUGUAGUCGUGCAACGACGGCUAAGAAAUGUACAAAAUAGCGCGAUGCACGUGUUAAGUUGUUGUUUUGCUAUAAUCUUAAGCUAUUUUCAGUUUUGUCGUUUUCGUUGCCGUCGCCGUCGUCGUUGCUUAACCUCCCAGAGAAGGCUCGAGAUCUCGAGAGAGCGGCAAAAGUUAGUCUAGAGAUAGUAAGUUUUGGGGUAUGUUCGAGCAACGUGCUUGCUACACAAUGACCCACCAGGAAUCUGAUUUGCAUCUUGGACUUUAUUAUUCUUUGACUACUGCCAACUCACUUAACUCAAUCCUUACUUUCCUAACUCCAGUGCGUUGUAACUCUUCUAGCUUUCCUUCUAAACUAGUCAAAUAGCCGCCGUAUAACCCGCAAAGCUGAACAUGUUUGGGUUACCUGACCGUGGGAAUCAAAAUCAAGGUGAACUAGGUGGGGGUAAUAUUUUGGUAUAACUGAACCUACAUGGUUGCAAUCGGCCAAAAGCUACAAACCGAUGAAAAACUGAAACGUUGGUUACCAAAACCAAACAGGACUUUCAACGAGACUAAUGAACCGAGGUCAGCUCUAACAUCACAAAAACGACUGCACCUAUGAAAAAGUAACAUUUGAAAGUGGAAAGCGAGGAAUAUUCCUAAAAUGACAAUAACUAAAUUCGCGAGCUAAGCAUAAAUUCAAGUGCAAGUAAAAACAAAAGUUCAAACCAGGAAAACAUUUAUGUUGAAAAAUCAAGACUAACUUUGACCCACUUAAUGAAACAAAAACGAAACUUAAAAGAUGAGACAAUUCGUUCGAAAAAUAACUUUCAAAAUACUUCACAACAAAGUUAUACCAUAGUUCUCGGAGAUGCUCUGCGAAUCACAUUUCUCAACUAACUAAGCGGCAGCUGGAAGUCAUUUAAGCGCCACUGUUUACUUUUCUUUUUAGAUCUUUCUGCUUUGAUUCUCAAGGUCAGGUGAUCAAGUGUACCUUCAUGAAUACAAAGUACGAUUGAUGCUGUUAACUAGCCCGUAAAUCCUUCCUUGCUCUUUUAACAAAAACUCCAUUUGAACUAAUUUUAUACGGGGAGGCUCCGCCCCGAGGUCCAACCCCUUUUUCACGAAAAAGAUACCCCUUUCGUAUACCUUCUAUUGACAAAUGGUACUCUUUGACAUACCUUGUUUGGAACUUUGCAUCCCUUCAAAUUGCUGUAAAUACACUGUUUUUUGAAGAGAAUCAAUCACAAAAAUAGAACGUUUUCUCAACUUUUGAAAACCAUACAAUUGAACUGUUAGCCAUUUUUUACCCUUUUGCAGACCCAAAUGACUGGUGUCCCUACCAUUUUAUAUACUUCAACUAGUGAAUCCCUGCCGUUUCAUAUACCUGAAGCCUGAAAAAGGUACCCCUUUUGGGCAGCACCUCCCCGUAUCGGCCAUCAUAGGGAGUACUCCCUCCCCCUCCCGGGAAAGUGGUCCUUGUGGAGAGGUGGCCGUUAUGGUGACGUAGAGGCGAAAUAUGACAAAUGUUUUUUAAGAAGCAAAACUUUUUUUUUGUGACAUCUUCAUGCUUACUGCGUAAAUAAUAUAUAGAGAGAUAAAACACAAAACACAAAAUAAUAUUUUGAAUCAAAAUGUUAACGUGACGACAAAACGAUCAAGUAUCGAUGCUUACGCUGUAGCAGUAUAAAUUGCCGCAAUUAAUCAUCAUCCCGCCUUACGGAUUAACCCUUUGGUGACGGCCGACGAGUGGCGAGAAAAGCGCAUUUUUCACCUAUUCCUCUUCUUUGGACUGGUUUUCGGCUAACUAGCAUGAGAAUGGCUAGAAAUAGAUUUUUAAACAGACAAGACGCCUAAAAGUCGUUUCCGUGGGAUGCGUUGGUCUAUGGAAGCAUAAUGGCGUUCUAUCUAGGUUAAUGGAACAAAACAAAACAAAACAUCCGCUUGCUUACAAAGUUCGAUAAAGUUCCAAUGUUUUAAUACAAGAUGAAAGUUUAAUAUUCCAAGAUGCUCUUGAUACGGUUAAAAAUUAAUUUCAAUGUGUUUCCAAGGUCUCAAAUUUAACAUAAUUCCGAUGAUUAUCCUUGAUUCCAAGGUAUAAUAAGUUUACUCAUGUCCUGAUCCGUGUCCCAUCCAGAAGUCCAAUCCAUGCCGAAAGCGGGUCGUCGAUCGACGAGGACAAUAUUUUCGCGAUUUCAACGCCAAUCGCCAAGGGUACGAGUUGAAAUUUACGCGAUUUAACCUCCCAUCGUCAAGGUGUUUUCGAUAAGAAAAGAAAAAAAACUGAACUCUAGCUGUGCUCGGCAAAAACUGGCGAACUCCCAGGAACUCCGAAUAGAAAAAUCUUUCGGAAAUCACGGCCCGCAACCAGACGCUACUAAAACCUUAUGAAAAAGCUAGACCUAAACAAAAAAGAAUCAUGAAGGAAAGAAAUAAUGUGGCUUAGGUCGCCUUUCGUGACUUGCCAGUAUCCCGAAGGAUUUCGCUGGUUAACAAGCCAUCCUAAAACACGAGUGGGAAAACACAAGCGCGACAAAUUUGGCAAGGAACGUUCUGAUUUCAACGUUCUUCAGAGGAAGCAAAUCGAUUAAAAAUCGAUACACAAACUUUUAGGCAAUCCUAUUGGCUGGCUUUGCAAUUUUGGGUACAACCGAACUGGAUUUUUACCGUAGCUUUUUUGUUUUCCACGCAUGCGUAGACUUUUUUUUUGCAGUAUAUUUCAAUCUAUCUCUCGCUCUCUUUUGUUGCUUUGGCUUUCUUCUUAUUAGCAGUUUUGUUACCCACUUUAUCGUCUUUCUUUUGCAUGGAAUUGCGACUGGCCAACUUUUUAGAAAAUGAAGAAAUUUAAUCUUCAAAGAAUAGUAGGUAAACAACGAAAUUGGCAGUGUAUUUUUCUCCAAAAUGUUGCUUUUUUUGUGAGUGUAACUCUGUUAGGAUUGUACAGAAUAUUCAAAACAGGGCAUCGCUGGAAAGAUCUAUAUUUCCUGAAGUUUUUGUUUACCACAAAAAGCAAAAGCAAAAGCAAAAAGCAAAAACUGUGUGUCGCUCGCAACGAGAAUCGUGUUCAGGUCAUAAAUUUGAAUAACUAAUGAUGUUGUCAAGAAUAAAAGACCGUUGUCAUGGAAAGGCACGUGGACUUAUCCUUACUGAGGGUUUAGAACAGAAGUUUCUGAUCGGCUGAUGUAUCAUGCGUUUGCCAUCUCAAAUUUCUAAAUCAUCUGAUGUCUAGGCUUUGCACUAGUACUGCUGAAUUUAUUUACAAUUCGUAACCGGCUUUACUUUUUUAAAAAUAUUAUUGUUCUAUAUCUUAUCAACCUUUCGUAACAACCUGUCGAAUAACACUACGCAAAGUAGAUUGUUAGUUACUUCAGUAAAAAAUGACAUAUUUACGAAAAGCUUAGAGGUAACUUUUCACAACUUUUAGCACUUUUUGAGCACUAUUUUGAGAUUCUGAGCACUUUUUGAGCACUUUUAGACAUUUUUGCCAGCACUUUUUUAGGAUUUUACGAGCGCAGUUGGGAAAGGCCUACUCAUGGGGUGUGGGGAGUUCCAUCGCCCCCCCACCCCGUCCCUUGUACCACGGUGGUGGUAUGACUUUACGUGUACGUCUGACGGUUAAGUUGUUUACAUUCGUAUCCAUCGUGAAAUAAUUGAAGACUGCUCCUUUGUGGCCCCGUAUCCAGCCAGCAGGCCCAGCAUCCCACCGCAACAACAACAACUUCACUAAACAUAAAUUUCGGCAGGAAAUCCACUGGCUUCUCUUGCUCUAACAAGCAGUAAAAAUCUGUAUUAGGUAAUUUUUCCUCCUACAUAAGUACAAGCAAAUUCCAUCCUGUUAAUUGGGUGUUAAGAAUUUACUAUGUAUUUACACCUGUUGUAUACCUGCUACACUAUGAAAGUCAUAGUGUCUUGUUUAGCUCUUGAUACCUAAGUUUAUAAUCCUUCCCAAGACUUUUUACCUCCGUUUAAGAUGGCAGACGGCAGUAUUGUUCCAAAAUAUGUUUAACAUUGCAUCAACAAAACGUAUGUAGACUGACUUUAUUUUCUUUUUUUUCGUUUGGUCUUUAAAUUAAAUCCGAAACCAUACCAUAACAUAAACUAACACUUCCCCUCGAAAGGAUUGGUAAAUGAAUAGAAUAGAAUUGGUAAAUGACUUAGAAGACCAUAAAAUGGGAGUUUAUUAUACGGAUCGAUCAUGGCCUAAUUAAAAUGUUUCACUAGAUUAAUAGUAAUUAUGAAAGUAAAUUAUAAUUAUCAUAUCCCAGAAUCCUUUGAGGGAUUUUUUUAAAAGCUUUAUAACUGACAAUUUUUUGCGUAGAAGAAUGUCACUACCACAAUAAGAUAACGUUCGCCAUAAAAUAUCCUCCCAUAUCACAUCUAGGGUGAUGACGUCAGCCGUCACGUGACUCUUUCUGAAUUAGGUCUUUUUGUUGCUGUGACUAGAUUUCAUUUUUGGGUUAAAAACAAAUGGCAUAUUUGAGGGUUUGGUUAUGUGGGGCAUUUAAAAAUAACCAGUUUACGUUCGGCAGACUAGGCCGAGGGCUGUAGAGAGUUGACGUUUCAAAUGUUAGGGUGGGUGGAUCUGGAAACACAAAGAAAAGCCCAUGAAUGUAUAUCUAAAUGAAUUAGUUCCUCCAUAUUUAUCGGAUUAUUUUAUUAGAAAUCGCACUAUUCACACUUACAAGACAAGACAAAGCAACGACAUUCAUCUACCGAAUCCUAAGUUAACGCUAGGAUUUUUAGGUGCCGUUCUCUUUAAUAAAUUAACCCACGUCAAUAAAAGAAGCUACGUCGCUCACCAUUUUUAAGGACUUCCCUAGAUUUCAUCUUAGCCAUUAAUUGUUUCUUCUAUUAUUUUUCGUUUUGAUCUUAAACAAAUUAUGAUGACAUGUAAUUUCCGUUUUAGGCGCUUUUGAAAAUUCUUGCACAUAAUUUUAAAGUAAUUUUUAACUUAAAAAUUUCUGUCAUGUAGUCAUAAUUUACCCAGGGCCCCUUUUGAUACCAGCCAAUGGCUGAUAGGGCUAUUGGCUUUUGCAAGCAUUACAGAUAUUUAAAUAAAUGAGAUAUGAUAUCAAUUGCCUGCCCAGUAACUGAACAUGGCUUUUAAGCAAAUAUUGCGAAAGGGCUUUCAUUAUUGAUUGCUCCUGAACAAAUCGCGUUCAUAACCUGUCUGUGAAGACCCUGUCUUUAUUUAAUUUCACAUCAGCUGCUUAUUAAAUAUAUUAAAUCUGAUGAGGAUGAGUAUGUUAUGAAGACUACUAUUAUGCUAAUCCCAAUAUGCAUAAUUUUUUGAUAUUGAUCUUACGCGAAACCGAUUAAUUACCUUGGCUUGAGAAUACUUCUACGCUCAUAAAAUCCUUAGCAUUUGACAUUUUUUAUUUUUCUUUAAUUUCUGUUUGCCGUUUUUAUGUCAGUGUAGAAAAGCACUGAUACGAAGAGAAAAAAGGUCAUUUUGAUCGUUGUGCUUUUGCAAAUACCAGCUGAAAUACGAAACCGAAUUAUUGUGGUAGAAAGUAUUAGUCGCGGGUUUUUAGUUUCUUAAAGUUUCGCAACAAACUAGAAGGUAAAAUGUCAGUCUUUUGAUUUAAGUCCUCUAUCUAUUUUGGUUGUUGUUGUUACUAGCGUGGAAAUAUCGAAUUAGCAAAAGGGACGAAAGCACCGAUAUAAUUCUGAAUCAUUUAAAGACAACCAAGAGCUCCCUAGGGCGGUAAGGAUAAAGCAUAUUCUGAGUAAUCAGUGCAGUGAUAGUUAACAGGCACCUGUGUUAUCCUUUACGAUGACAGCAAUUAACAAUUAUUCUUUGAAAGCGAGGCGGCGAGGUAGAUGUUCCUAAAGCCAUUAUUCACCGAGAUUGAAAAGAAUAAUUGUUUGAGUAUAUAUUUACACGCGAAGUGAUCUCAACAAAAUCAGAGAGGAAGCCAUUAAAAAGUACGAUUUGAUUGACGGAUCAAAUCACGCGAAGGUUUAAAAAAAGAUCGAUCUUUGCAAAAUUUUCAAACAUAGCAAUUCACAAGGCACUGUGCACGCAAUCUUCAUAGCUUCGUUAUUUACCGUAGCAGCGGCUGGUUUCUUUGGUUUGUAUUUCGUGUUCCGUAAAGUAAACUGACUGAGUUCAAACGAUAUUAUGGUGGGGGAUGGGGCGAGAGAAAAAAAAGGCAGCGACUCUUCUUUCACUCGCCCUCUCCCCCAUAGUUUUCCCGUUUGACCUCGGUUCAGUUUUCGCGGCUAUAUCCCUUACUUUACAGAACACAAAUAAAAACACCCUCUCCCCCUGCUCCCCCCCUCCCAAAUUAUCUUUUCCAUCUUGCUUACGCAUUUGCGUUGUCUGUUGCUACAGGUCUCACCGAUAACUUUGAAUUGCGAGUAGCUCCAGGACAUCACUAACAGAUAAAUAGAUGUGAGCUAAGAAGCGAACCCUAAAGGUAUUGACAUUUUUGUUGAAGUAAUUCCUUUCCUUAUGUAAAUUGUUCUCAUUCGCAACGUUCCAGUCGUUACGUUCUGAAUUCAGGUAGUCGUUUCAACUCAAGUCAUGACAUAAAUAUAUACAUUUUUUUUAUGUAAAGGAAGAAAUUAAGCAAAUAUCAAAACCACAUUUUUCCUCUUACUGUUAUCUUAGCCCACAUCCAACAGCGACGACAAGCAACCAAACCAACAUUAUAAAUGUUAUCAAUAAAAUUGCCUCUUGGAAGGUAUAUGAUGUAAAUACAAAUGGUUUUAGUACAGUACCGAAGAUCGCUGUCAUUUCUUCUGCACAGUACUGUAUUGACUAUAGCAAUCUUGGUAAUGCAUUUUUCAAGGGCAAUACAGUCGAACUUCUCCUCAACGCCCUCCUUCGGGAAGCGCCUUUCGCAUCAAAUUUUAUGAACAUUCUUGGCUUUUUCAUCAGUCGAGGAAAAAUCUGGCCGUUGUCGGGAGGUCAUUUUUGCAGUUGGGAACACGCUUUAGUGGCCGUUGUCAUUGUAGAUAGGUUUUUUCUUCCGUUUUGCGAAGCUUCUGAAGAAAUCUAUGAGAGAAAUUUCUAGAUAUCUUGGAAUUUCUACGAAAACGCUAUAAAUUAUACAUGAACUGAAGACUGGACUUUAUGCAAACAAAUUUGCUACAUUUUGGGAUGUUUCCAGAAAGUUUUUAUCACUCAUCUGUUUUUGCAAAUUACCCUUAUACACUCAGUCAGCUGAACGCAAGUGGACUUGCACGAUUUCUAAAGACAUGAAAACAUGUGAAUCUCUGAGCUGAGCUCUCUUUGCAAUUUCUAAGGCUACUUUCACGAAAACGGCGUUUAGAAAAUUUGAGUGCUGCAGUUGAUCAGUGUACUAAAAACUGCCCUAUUUCGUGUCCAUUGAAACAUUUUAAGUUUUCUAACGUAGGCGCAAAAUGCAGUAAAUAUUGAAGUGAUGGGGUAGAUUUGGAUAAUAUGGUAAUGCUGUAGAAACGGAGAAAACAAUAUUGUAAGUAAAUUACGGAGGGCAACUUUUCACGUGCUGCAUGGGAAUUUGAUGUUGUUCUAAAAUCGAGACUAUAGGAAAUCCAAAGCAAAAAAUUAUCCAAAUCUAUCACAUGACGCUUCGAUAUUUACCCAAUUUCCGCCUACGUUAAGCAACUUAAAAUAUUUCAGUUCAUGCAUAAUUACAUGACUGUAGAAAGUCCAAUAUAUCUUGAAAUUCCUGUCCUAGAUUUUUGUUUAACUUCCGGCAUAGCGGAAAAAAAGCACCCAAAGUAUGUGCAGCGUGAGUGAUUUCCAUAGUUCGGAUCAAAUAUAAUUGACCUUUUUUCCCUAAGUUCCCUGAGAUAGCGCUAUAGUUUCCCUUCCCGGAUAAGAGUAGGAUCGUAUGUAAGGGCACUGAAAGUAGUAUACUAGGUCGGAGAUUAACCCCCUUUGGUGUCUAGCAAGGUCUAGCUAGGUCUAGUCUAGUCGACUAAUAAUUGCUAGCAAUAAAAUCAGACACGAGAUACCGUUUAAAACAAAAAGAGUCAAAUACACAGCGAUUUGAAAGAAAUCUAUUAAAAUAGUCAAAGAAAGCAAGCCCCCCAUUCUUGAAUUUUCUCCUCCACAAUUUUAAUAUUUCCCUUAAUUUUUUUUAUUCCCUCCACCACAAUUUUAAUAUUUUCCCUCAAUUUCAUUUAUUUCCCUCCUCCACAAUUUUAUUAUUUUCCCUCCUCCUCCUCCACCACCUCCUCAUUUUUAUUGUUUUCCCUCCUGCUCCUGCUCCUGCUCCUCCUCCUCCACCUCCUCCACCUCCUCCACCUCCUCAUUUUUAUUGUUUUCCCUCCUGCUCCUGCUCCUGCUCCUCCUCCUCCACCUCCUCCUCCUCCACCACCUCCUCAUUUUUAUUGUUUUCCCUCCUGCUCCUGCUCCUGCUCCUCCUCCUCCACCUCCUCCACCUCCUCCACCUCCUCAUUUUUAUUGUUGAGAGAAUAAUAACAUUGAGGAGGGAAAAUAAUGAAAUUGAGGGAAAAUAUUAAAAUUGCGGUGGAGGGAAUAAAAAAAAUUGGAGGAAAUCCAAAUUAGUAUGCAGGAAGACACUUAUACAUAUUAAUAAAGGGAAUCCACUUUUUCGUAAGGUUAUAACAAUCGGUGACGUCAUAGACUAGACCUAGCUAGACCUUGCUAGACACCAAAGGGGGUUAAUUUCUAACAUAGUAUACUACAACUGAAUCAGGUCGAUAAGGGCUAGAAUUCGAUAUAAAGCCAACACUAUUGUGACGUCAUAACCACGUGAUGUUUAUUCCGAUCGCCCAAAAAAUAAUAUCAUAUUGAAGUUUAGUCCUGAGUUUAGUCUAUGUGUAAUAAAUGCGUUAUAAUGGUUUUUCCAUAAAGAUAAAUUUGUUUAAGUAUAAGAGAUUCAAAGAUGGAUGGUGUCACUAUAAAAAUAUUGUAUCGAGCUACCUUAAACAAAACUCAAUCAAUGGACUGUCCGCCGGACAAAACGUAUGGCCAUUGUAGAGAGGUGGCCGUUAAUGGAGGUUCGACUGUAUGUUUAGAAUUCAGUCAGUAAGAAACUGCUAAAACUCUAUCUGUGUUUAAAAGUACUUAACUGUAUGAUUUAAAGAAAAAGAAGAACAACAAAGAAAAGCACAAAAACAUAACCAUUGGUCUUUGUCACCACCAGGAGCAGAGCGUGCGUCGUUUCCAUAUUUCUUCCUUAAAAAAUCAUGAUAAUUUCUGAGAUAAACUACAAUUUGCCUAUGCCUUUGUAGUUAACAUACCAAGAGUGAAUCCAGACGGCCUGUAGAGCCAGAGGAGAAGACUUGCAUUGGAGUUAUUUCGCCACGCAAAGUUUUAUGAUCUUUUGGUAAGGGUACUCCAUUGUCUCACCACUAUGCCAGGGUAUCAUUUGGCAAAUCCUGACAAUGCGAAGAUUGAUGCGAAGUACUUUUGUUCAUACUGUCAACGUUUACUGAGAGAGGCCAUGCAAACAAGCUGUGGUCAUUUCUAUUGUCAAUCUUGUCUGGGAAAUCUCAUACAGUAAGUUUAUAAUUAUAUCACUUCGAAAAAAUUAAUAGUUACUGUAAAAAUAUGUAUAGUGUCAAGCUAUAAUAUGGGAUGGUAUGUACGAUUGUAUUUUUCGUUCUGGAUAAUUAACUUCGUUGCAAUAGGCCUUUUGUAUUAGUUCAUCACGUGAUCAACUUUCGGUAAACACGAAAACGAUUCGCUGUUAAAAAAUUCUGUUAGCAUGAUCUGAAAGAGCAUAUUAAAAUUAUUAUAGGUAACCUGUAAAUUUUCAGCCGUGUAUCUCAAAAGUAGCGAUUUCAUUCAACGGCCGCCGAAAAUUAGAAGGAUUUGUAUGAGAAAAACAACUUUUGCCACCCAGUCACGCUUGAAUGGUUUUCCAUACAAAUCCUUGUAAAUUUCGAAAUUUUCAAACUGUCGUGAAAUAUUUGCUUAAGCAUUACCGCGGACUAAAAUCUCCUUUUAAUUCAUAACAGGCAAUUUGAGUCUCAAAUGCGUAAGGGAAACAUUUAACGGCAGUUUAAAAAUUUCAGAAUUUACAAGAAUGUGUAUGGAAAACCACUCAAGCGUGACUGGGUGGCAAGAGUGGUUCUUUCUCAUACAAAUCCCUCUAAAUUUCGGCGGCCGUUGCAAUCGCUACUUUUGAGAUAUGUGGCUGAAAAUUUACAGGUCACCUAGUUUUAAUAUGCUCUUUUAGCUCGUGCUAACCAAAUUUUUCAAAAGCUAAAUGUUUUAAUUUUCUGUUUAUCGAAAGUUGAUCACGUGAUCAACUAAUGUAAAAGGCCUAUUAUUUAAUCUGCACUUCAUAUAUAAACCAUAGAAUCGUAUUUACGAGGAAGAAGCUAGCACUGGGGGUCCGUGAUAUUAGAAAUUGCUAAGCGUGGAACAGGACAAUCUACUGAGGAGACCAGCUUCAACUUCGAUCUUAGAAAGUGAUCUAAUAGGGUCUAGGGUUGCGAGAGAGGGGGAAAAUUGAAUGACAGAACAAAAAAACCGAAUAAAUCAAAUUAUAUGACUAAAAAACAAAAUAUGCAUAAACAUAAACGUUUGUUGGAUAUCUUUCUACAGUCUAUACUAGUUGACUAUAUUGUACCACAUCGCUAUUCUCAGCUAUAUGUAUAUAAUGUCCCAGUUACCCCGUGCUAGAAUGAGAAAUGUGAGGUUGCUUAGCAGUUAUACAGGGGAUGUGGAUGUUGUAGUUAAUUUUUUAUCCCAGGUAAUUUUUUGUUUUUCUUUUGUUUUUGGGUAUGGUAAUGUAUGCUAAUGAAGCUGAAACAACAGAAAAAUAAAAAUUACCUGAGAUAAAAAAAUUGACUAAAACAUGGACAUCAUUCAUAGUAUUGAUUCAAGAUGACUGAUCAUAACGAUCUCAUGUUCAUCGAAAAAAUCCCGGUUGAAUUACCAAUAGUGUGUGAAAAUAUUGAUACUAACAGGAACAUCUAUAUGGACCUUUUCGGUGCUUCUAUUAAUGAGCAGUACUAUGUAAUAACAUUAGCUGGCCUUAUGAGAGCGGACCUUUACCUUCUGAGUCAAUAUCAAAUAUUUCAGAGUAAACGUUAUUAAAACUGGUGGAAGAUUAAUUUUAUGUUUUAUUAAUUUAACGAUCAUUGUAAUGAACAAAGUUAAACACCGUCAUCUUGUAAAUCACCUGAGCAUCGGGCCAAUAAAAUCUGUAACAAAUAUACUGUUACCUUUAGGGAUCAAUUAUCAGGAGUAAUGGUUUGCCUCGUGGACCAGAAACAUCUUCAGAAAAAUGAGGUACGUCUUUUCUUUUAGUGUACCUUCAGAGUGUUGACAGUUGAUCAACUUUAACCGUGACCAUAUCGUGAUUUUUGUUGUUUUAUUAUUUAAUUUAUGGUUGUUGUUUGUUUGUCUUCUUUUUUCAACUUCAUCAAGUUAUAAAUUAGCAUUGAGACGAUAAAAUUCCCGCGGAAACCCAUGGGUAAAUUUGCAGUAGCACGGGAAGAAGUGAUUUAAACAACAUUAAAGGUACUCAAAUAUAUAAGCGCUCAAUAUUUUUAUAACUCAGGUCUUUCCAGACAAUUUUAUGCGUCGUGAGGUUUUCGCUCUCGUAGUUUUCUGCACAUUCAUGGAGGAUGGAUGCAAGUGGAAAGGGGAGGUCAGAAAUUUGGAGGUAUGUGGUUCUCCACAAGUCUACAAGACCACAAAAAUAAAUUUAAGAUGUACGAGUAUUAUAUUUUUUGCUACUGCUAAUCCAUAGCUGCAUGGUCAAAAUUUAUUGAUGUAAUUUUUUUAGUUUGUCAAAUUUGGAAUCCAGUGACCAUACCGGUCUUAAGAUUAACAAUUAAAUUCGGCAUUGUUAAAAGUAUAAAUAAUUUUCUAACAGGCUCAUACAAACGGCUGCGAAUUCCUGAAACUCCCCUGUGUGCAUCCUGAGUGUGGUGUCUUGGUAAAAAAAGCUGAUCUUCCUGAGCAUUUGGAAAAUGAAUGCUUGUACAGACUAGUGAAGUGUCCGCUUUGUCAUGCGAGCAUAGUCUUCAUCAGGAUGACGGUACGUACGUCCGCCCAUUCAUGUUAGCUUAUUAGCUUAGAAGACUAAGGCAUAAACAAGUUGUGUUCAACUUGAUAUUGGACAUCCAUGUUAUGAUCAACUGACAGCUGUCAAAAUAGGGUAUCCGCUGACCAGUAUCACAUGACUGUAUCGCGGACUCAGGUGUACAACUCAUUGGGAUGAAGUGGUUUUUAAAUUCCCCGCUGACUAGUUAUUGGUAUUUCAGUGAUCACAGGCACAAAAAACUUAUUUCAGAGAGAAAUUUCUUAAACGUUUCCACGAGAGCUUUGCUCUUAGCUUUGGCUUAACCAAUAUAUAUUAGUCUUCAUUACAGUCUCUAAAAAAAUGACAAUAUCCUCACCAUAGAGGUUUUGAGGCUAAAUGAAGUGACAGGGGCAUGUCAGCCUUAAACGUCUUGCCUAAAAAGACAGGGCAAAUAGGUUUGAAAAGAAGUGCGCUCCCUUUUCCAGAUGGUAUUAACUAUGCGCUGUUUUUGUCGUAGCAACAUCAAGAGAACGAAUGUCCAGCUUAUCCAGUUGUUUGUGACAAAUGCAACAAAGUGGGGAUUCCUCGGGGAAAGGUAAGAUUGUUUUUUAAUCUCUAAACACCCCGGGGGAGCUUUUCUUGACUAAAAAAAGGACCCCCCCCACCACCACCACACACACCACACACACACACACACACUCCGAGCCAGGUGUUUGUUCAGGAUUACAUUGAACCAUUAAAUUGUAGCCCCGGGGCACGAUUCCCGAGACAAAUAGCUGGGCAAUAAACAUUAACAAGUUCAUUAAUAACAACGCUAAUUUCCCUGCACCUGUCGGGGAAAGGUCUCAUGUAAACGCCCUAGAAAAUUCAGGCCUGUUGCGGCUGUAACGUCAAAUGUACGUGAGUCAAAUGACACCUAAUUAGCCACUUUUAAGUUUGUCCUAUGUCCCAGAGGAUGUGAGGCUGGGAUUUCAAUAUAUAGAAAUUAUUCAUAGAGAGCUUCCCACAUUUUAGUUGGCAGAUCAUCAAAAUCCUAUCGUGGGAGACUGUGAGGAAGUACAGGGUCCGUGUCCAUUCUCACAGAUUGGAUGUUCCAAGACAGAGGUUAGUGGUUGAGUAUUGUAGCCGUUAUUGUUGUUGUUGUUUGUGGCAUUAAAAUAGUGCAUUAAUUAUAUCUAAUAUAUAAAGGUAUUAGUUAUUCAGUGAAUUAGAGUUUUAAAGUGCACGUUUUGAGCUUUCAUGUUAUUGGUACAUAGGUAAACGACAUUCUGUGACGUCCUUGGUUAUUCUUUACAACAAACCCGUUUUAAAUUUUAUCAGAUACUCAACCAAAGGGAGAAGAGGGAACAUUUGACACAAGAAAUAGUUCGCCACAACAUUCUUGUUCUUCAGUUUGCCCUUGGUAUCAGCAAAGACUUAGAUGCCAUUGUUAGACGUGAUCCCAUGGUUAUGUCAAGAAGCCCUCAGAUGUUUACAAACUAUGAUAGUGUCAUACAAGAUCUUCUCAAUAGGAUGCAAAACAACUCAGAAACAUCUAGGAAUUUUCAAGAAAAAUUACGAGAGCAUAGUGAACGAAUAACCUCAUUGGAGAGAAAAGUGGCCACGGUAAAUUUAUCCGGAGCAGCAGCAGCAGCAUCUGCUCCUAGAGCAUCUGAUGCUGACGUUAAUUCACCAGAUAUGGAUAUAACAAGAAGAAUCACCAAUCUCGAGAACAAAACGGCUGACCACGAAGUGCUUUUAGUUGAAAGUAAUCGUACUAUAGUGGAGACAAGUAGAGAGGUUGGAAUGGUUAAAAGACAAACAGAAGGCGUCCAAGAGAGUACGAGGAGAAUUGACAGACGGAUUGAAUCCAUUGAGCAUACACUUGCUUUACGAAAUGUGACCCUUGCUGACUUAGAGGAGUAUGUGAGGCAACAAGAGUUUUCGAGUUAUGAUGGCCAGUUGCUCUGGAAGAUAACUGAAUUUGCCCGUAGACGAAACGAAGCCGUUAGUGGACAACAAAUAUCCUUUUACAGCCCGUGCUUUUUCACUGGUCGCUAUGGAUACAAGAUGUGCGCGCGGAUCUAUUUAAACGGUGAUGGCAUGGGCCGAGGAACACAUAUUUCAGUGUUCUUUGUGGUCAUGCGCGGUCAAUAUGACGCCCUACUCCGCUGGCCAUUCAGACAGAAGGUCACUUUUAUGUUAAUGGACCAGGAUAACGUAGAGCACGUGAUCGAUGCAUUCAGGCCUGAUCCAAGUAGCUCUUCUUUUCAGAGACCAAGGAGGGAAACAAAUAUUGCAAGUGGUUGCCCUAUGUUUUGCCCUUUGACCGAACUAAAUAAUCACGCGUAUGUGCGAGAUGAUACAAUGUUCUUAAAAAUAAUAGUAGACACAUCUGAUUUGUAGGGUGCUGAUUUAAAAAAAAGGACAAUUGGUUUUAUGAGUAAAACAACAGCUCUGCACGUGCAUCACGCUUUGUAGUGUAAGAUUCGCACUGCAUACUCAGGCAGGAAGGAAACCGCGACUACCACGACAAUAGGCAUGCCGAACAAAGGCAUCAACUGCCACCAGGGGAAGUGGAUGGGGCAACAUUUUGAAGUCACUUCCACUGAACUCCGUUGAACUGGCCAAGAGGCGGGCAAAAACUGAGCAAUUCAAAGCAAGGGCCGCAUUGCAUCAUGCUAAUAGCGCGCAGGCCCAACUCGACUGAAUUUGAAGGUGUUUCUUAUUUCCCGCAUCACAGGCCAAUUAUGUAUGCAGUGAGAAUAGUACAUUCCUUGAGGUCCACUACCACGUGAAACAUCCUUUUGCUACGUUUUAUGGAGGACCUGAAUACACGAAGGCGAAUUCAACUCCACAAAACGACCACAUUUAUAGAAAGUACGCAAAUUUAUUUUUUUAGCAACGUUUUUAUUGACGUCGUCGUCAUGGUUGCUUAAGUUUCCUAUUUACGGUUGCUCCUAACAGGUUUCUUACCCCUUAGGUCUUUGUGCAAAAUCAAUCAUCGCUUUGCCCGUAGUUAUUAGAAGAGACUGGUUAUGAAAGGCGGUUAUUAUCAAAGAUAACAGAAACUGUGCUGCAGUUUAUGUUGAAAAAUUAAAGCUGACGGUGCACAAUCCUUUGUUUUCUGUUGAUAAAUUGUGACGGAAUACAGUAAUGGGAUGUUCUCAUUGCUCAAUAAGAUCAAAAUGUUAGGAAAACGCCAUUGAACCUUGUGCACCGUCAGGUCUACAUAUAACAACAAAAAAACAUAUAGCAAAGGGGUCUGAUGGGCUUCAUAACCAUUCCACUCUAUUAACUAUGCUUUACCUCGCAUACAAUUCUUUUCAACACCAAUUAUCGAGCGAGAGUGGCUGCAAAAGGUGUUGGUAAAUAAGUUUCGUCUCUAUAAUUUAUGUGGGUUGGCCAAAACAUAUCCUGUCUACAGCGGUCCGGCUCCCCUCGAACUGAAGCGAUUUUGUCUGAGGGAAGGAGGCGGCUUUGCAUAGGCUACACGAAAUAGCAUAAAAGCGAAAUCGCCAAACUAUAUCGUGAUUCUCACAAUAUUGUACACAACUAAUGAGAGGCAUAAUCUUGCCUAGACAGCAUUUUACUCGCGGAUGGAAUUGAGAGGGGUCUGGUACGUAGAUGCGCAAUUGAAGCAAUCUGCUCUUGUACAAUGUUGUAGACAUGAAACUGCUUGUACGUCAGAGAUGAUAUGGAUGUUUUAUUGAACGAGUUCUCAAAACAAUUACAAAAGAGAUCUAACAACAUAGCUACU